AUGCACCUUUCCCAACUGCUGGCCUGCGUCCUGCUGCUCACCCUCCUCGCGCUCUGGCCCUCCGAAGCCAAGCCCGGUUCGCCAUCGAAGGGCCUGCGAACUCCGCUCGGGGAGAUGUCAGCCGCGUCCCAGGCUGAGAGCGGCUCCCAGAGGAAGCGCGACAAGACCCUCGGCGGCGGCGGCAUUAACCUCAGGGGCGACCGGUCGCGCCUGCUCCGGGACACCAAGACUCGAUGGGCCCGCCUUCUGCAGGAGAAGCCACGGGAGAAGCCAAAAAAAAAAUUCCCAAAGCAGAAUUCGGGCAAUAACUGCUUCGGGCAUAAGCUGGACAGGAUCGGCGCCUACAGUGGCCUGGGAUGUUAG